GCCAAGUCCCUCGUUGCGGCGAAGAAAGAUAUCGACUCGAAGCACAUGCAGGCCACGCUCGCCCGGCCCAAGCGCGGCCUCGUCGAUGUCGACAUGACGUCGCUGCCGUCGCUCUGGGAUGCGCGCCAUUCGGCCAGCCAGCAGCGCCUGCACGCGUACGAGGUGCCGGUCAAGAGCUACGUCGAGGUCAAGAUCGGCGGCCACCCGCUGGACCACAAGCACGCUGCGCCGUACCGGCCGGCGCUCGUCGUCUCGGCGCCCAUGAAGAUGGUGCCGAGAGGCGUCUCGCUCAACCAGUCACCGGCCUUUGGCGUGCACUACAAGGAGAAGAUGCAGUACGUCGAGGUCAAGAUUGGCGGCCACCGGUACGACCACAAGCGCUGCGUGUCGCUGGAAGCGUCGCUCGUCGGCUUUAACGACCAGCUCGCGACCAUCGAGCGGGGCGCGCUCGGGUGCGCGCUCUGCCAGUCGUUCACGGACGACCCGCUUGUCCAGCUCUACUGCCGCCACGCCGUCUGCGCGCCGUGUUUUGAGACCAUGGCCAUCAACGACCAUGCAACGCGCGUCAUGUGCGGCGUGUGCUUUCAGAAGGUUCCGUUUCUGCGCCCCGCGCACCAAGCCGCGGCCACGACAACGCACAAGUCGGUCAAGAGAUCGCUCUCGCUUGAGACGGUGACGCUGGCCGCGGCGAGUGCCACCUUGGGCCACUAUGGCCCGAAAGCAGUCCGCCGUAUUAGCCAUGCAUUGCGCAGUAUCUCGAUCGGCACGCGUCUCACGAGCCCGCCCGAGACGAAACAUGAGGUGGACGACGUCCAAGAGCUCGUCAACACGAUCGUCGACAUGGACGGCGCCACCCGCUGGGCGAACCGCGUCGCGUCGCUCCUCGAGCCGUCCAAGCUCCUCCGCUACGAGUACGUGCGGACGUUGGGCUCGGGCAACUUUUCCGAAGUCAUGCUCAUGAAGCGACGAUCGUCCCAAAAGCUCUGCGUCCUCAAGGAAAGCGACAAGCUCCAAGAGGCCAUGAACGAAGUCAACUUGCUCUCCAAGCUGAAGAGUCCGCACAUUGUGCGUCUCGACGGGUACUUUAUCGAGCAGAUUGGACAUUUGCAUUAUGUCUACCUCGAGCUCGAGUACUGCAACAACGGCACACUGCACGAUUACAUUGCGAAACUCGUACGUCGUCUCGUUGUGUCUAGUUGAUAGGACGUCCUAUGACGCGUACUAGGACGGAACGCGCAUGUCCGAUGACGUCUUUGCACGCCUCUUUUUGCAGCUCUGCUCGGGUCUGACUGAGAUUCACAAGCACGCGAUCGUCCAUCGCGACAUCAAGCCCGAGAACCUCCUCCUCACCAGCGACGGCGUCGUCAAGAUCUCGGACUUUGGCGUCUCGACGUGUCUUGAGACCGCCCUUGUGACGCGUCAUGCGGCCGGCACCAUGGCCUUCAUGGCGCCCGAGGUGCGACGGUAUUUUUUCGGUGAGCCUGUCGUGUACGAUUGGUCGGCCGACAUUUGGUCGCUCGGCGCCGUCGCUGUCGCGUUUCUGUUGGGCACCAACGAGCCUCGUGUGGCCGUACGUCCUGUCGACGAGGUAGUCGCCGACUUGGCGGCGCGCCACGUGCCAACGCCAUACUUGCGUCUCGUUGCUGGCGCGCUGCAACCGGACCCGGCGCAGCGUGCGACGCUGCCGCAGCUCGCGUCGUGGAUCACCGCGUCCUACUCGAAAUUGUAAGACCUGUUUACUAAAGACGUACAAUAUAUAUCUAUUUCACAAGACAAUA